UCUGUAAAAAGAAAAACACUCCCACUUUGUGAAACCGAAAAAAAAAAAUAUCACCAGAAAACAGCAACGACUUACAAUCGAGAGUUCCAAAUGAUGAUGGCGAUGAAGAGAUCUAAAUCAAUCAUCUCCGUCCUACUUCUUCUUCUUCUUCAAUUUCUGGCAAUUGCAUCUGGGAAUGGCGAAGGAUACACUAUUGUUGGUCGAGUCAAAGUUGAAGGUAUGGGAGCCAAAGGCUAUGGUAUUCUUGGGAAAUUAUCAAAUGCCAAAGUCAUGCUUAAUGGUGGCCAGAGGACUUCUUUUCUUAGGCCUGAUGGUUAUUUUUCAUUCCACAACGUUCCAGCUGGAACUCAUCUAAUUGAAGUUGCAUCUGUUGGUUUUUUCUUUUCACCGGUACGUGUAGAUGUCAGUGCUAGAAACCCUGGGAAGGUUCAGGCAGCAUUGACAGAAACCAGAAGGGGUCUGACUGAGUUGGUUUUAGAGCCUUUAAAAGAGGAACAUUAUUAUGAGAUAAGGGAACCCUUUAACGUUAUGUCUCUUCUAAAGAGCCCUAUGGGUCUGAUGAUGGGAUUCAUGGUGGUUGUCGUAUUUCUCAUGCCCAAACUGAUGGAGAACAUGGAUCCUGAAGAAUUGAAGAGAGCUCAAGAAUCAGUGGGAAACAAUCCUUCUUUGUCAAGCUUGUUAUCAAGAAGUGGUUGAGAUCUAGACUGACCCUUGUCGUAAUGACCAGAAAAAACAUUGAUUUUUUGAGCAUUUUUUAGUUUCACUCAUUUUUUAUCAUGUAUGCCGCUAGGUCUCAUUUAGCGCUGCUUGUGGCAGUGCUGGGUGGGUGGGAAGGUUAGGGUUAUUAGUUAAUCUAAUUUGUACGUAACUUUUUUUUCUUUUUUUCUGGACAACACCACUGUAAUUUGCUAAGAAAGAAAAAAAUUCGUAUGUGGAGUUGCCUACAUGCAAUGAGAAAAU